AUGUGCAACGUCAUCCAUCUCUACUACAGAUGUCAACAUACGCUACGCCUACGGAGAUCGCGUUGCAAAGGUACGAAACACAAGAUGACCCGGACGAGUAUAAAAGCUGCGUGCACGGCGGAAUCGUUCCUCACUGUAUAUGCUCGAACUGAAUGCAAUACCUGUGAGCACGCGAGCUGGGAGAGCGACUGGACAUGCAAAUUAGAACGAGCAAGAACAUUUCUAUCUAAGCUGAUUGAAAGGCGGAUGCUAGGAACGCCUGAGGUUUCUGCUCUGGUUAAGGAGCUCGAAGACCAGUACCAUAGGGCUUCAUGGGGUGCACGCAACAUCUCACACGCUUUUAAGAAGAGUGUGGCGCGGGUGAGCGUUAGCGACUAUAGGAUAGUGCGCUCGCCGUUGAAACAAGAAGUACAGCCAGAAGAUGUCGUUGACUUGAAAGAGAAGGACUGGGCUGAGAUGGACGAUCAUGACUAUGAUGGCGAUUACAUUGCGAGCACCGAUCCGAUCCACCCGGUCAGUACCGAUCAUUCACACCCACCCGACGAUGAUGAUGAUGGGAGUUGGAUCUUUAACCAUUUUUCGAGCGAAGAACUGGAGGCUUCAAAUGAUGGGGAGGUUGUGCUUGACUUUGAUCAGACUAGAUGGAGGUGGGAUAAUGACAACAGCGAGAACUCGAUUCCGAUUGUCAAAUCUCAAAAAGAGAACCAUACGCUGAAGAUCGACGAGAAGGAUCUCAUUGCAUGGGGACCUGAAGCGGAGGCGCCUCCCAUGUCCGUAGACGUCAGCAUGAACGGCUUGAGCAUCAGAGAAAAGCUCGAAAAAGAGCAGAUUGAACUCAUCAUCCAAGCAUUCUGGACAGUGGUCAACGGUUCUACGAUUAACACGGAUCAUCAACCCCAACAAACCACGGAAGACUUGAGUAUACUGCUCUGUGACCUCGAUAUCACCACAAGAGCAUCAAAGUCACCCUCCUCGCCAUCCACACCGACUGAAUUGCCGUCACAGUGGGUUGACGGUUCGUCGGAGAUACCUACACUCACGACAACUCCAGCCUCUCCUCUAUCUUCACCCAUAAAAUCGUCAAGUCUCAACUCAACAAGAACAGCCUGCAAUAAGCAGCGCAAGUUGCUCGAACAGCGACUACAAGAUGAUGCUGACAGAACAAAGUACUACAGUGACUUACUUCUAGUCUCACAACGGGAAGCACGAGCAUUCGAAGGACCAGAAGGCAGAUUCAUUCCUGAUCCGCCGAUGGUUAGGAUGAUGGGUAUUUGGAGUUUCCAAAAUUUCAUGUGUUAA